ACAUUGGUGACACUGUGAAUCACUAUUUUUAAGGAUCGAUUCCUGUUUUGUGUAUUCACUAAUCUUACUAGUUGUUGCUGAUUAUUGCUUAGUGAAGAUUUUAUGAUAAGACGUGAUAUUUAAUUUCAUCAACUCUUUCACGAUCAAAAUAAGCUGCCUGUAUUUAAAAAUCAUAAUCAAUUAACCUCCUUCCUAUUUAUUGACUGACUUUUCAUCUGAAAACAUGGUGGAUAAAGAAAAACGAGAAAUACCAUCUUUGCUCAGGAAAAUUCUUGCCGUGGAUGCUUACUUAACAGAGCAGUUUGUUCGAACCGCUGAGAAAUUUCUUUUUCUUAGACAGCUCAAAGUGCAUUCAAAAAUGCUUGAGGUAUCUUGCCAUGGAAUACCAUGGAUUGCAAGCUGGAUAGCUCUCAUAUGGAUACUCAAUAGUAGUAGUUUGUACCAAAUGCAAGUCAAUUUUCUAAUAGGGUUAUUCCUUGAUAUAAUUCUAAUUGCUUUAAUCAAAUCAAUAACAAGAAGAAGAAGACCUGCUGUUAAUGACGACCCAUUUGCAAUAGGUCCUGACAAAUAUUCCUUUCCAUCAGGACAUGCUUCCCGUGCUACUUUCGUAGUUUAUUUCUUUUUUAAUUUGUGGCCAGUUAAUAUUAUUUUUGUUCCUCCAUUGUUGGCGUGGGCAGUCUCUGUUUGUCUCUCAAGAAUUUUAAUGAGGAGACAUCAUCUUUUAGAUAUUAUUGCUGGAGUAUUUUUAGGUAUUUUUGAAGGACUUUCCAUUGGCUUGACUUAUCUAGAAAAGGACACAUGCAUAAGCCUGAUUUCAUGGAUUACAGAUGAAAAGUUGGAAGGUGGAGAUUAUCAUGUAUAAAUCGACAUAUUCUUUCUUUUAUAUUUACUACCAAUAUAUAAUUGUGAUUGUUGCAAUCUUCCAGAGUUUUAAAAUUGAUGUCAUGAUUUAAAAAAAUACUAGUGUAGUUAAUUUUAGAUUUUGUAAGUCUGAAAAUUAUCGCAGCUGUGAUAAUUGUGUACGCGUUAAAGUUCUGAAUAAAUAUUUCUUGAAAUAAUUUUGGGAAAUAGAAAAUAA